AUGAUUCCAGCUUCAAAUAAAGCCUUUGUGGUGAACAACCUGGUUUCUGGAACAGGCUAUGAUCUUUGUGUUCUGGCCCUGUGGGAUGACACUGCCACAACACUCACUGUUACCAACAUAGUAGGCUGUGCCCAGUUCUACACCAAAGAGGACUAUCCCCAGUGCCAGUCCAUGCACAGCCAGUUUCUGGGUGGGACCAUGAUUUUAAUCAUUGGAGGCAUCAUUGUGGCUACUUUGCUGGUAUUUAUCAUCAUACUGAUGGUGCGGUACAAGGUUUGCAACAACAAUCCUGGCAAGAUGGCCAAUGUUAGCAAUGUCUAUUCUCAAACCAAUGGAUCUCAACCUGUCCAGAACGGAGUCCUGCCACAAGUGAAUCCCAAAGUUGUGGUAAGGAAUGAACUCACAGAGUUUAACUGUGAGUCGGCACACAGCAGCAUCUCCUCUUCCUCUAGUUCUGUGAACAGCUGUGACUGUGAUGGCUAUAGCCUCCAAAGUGAGCAGGGCACAUUGUCCAGUAAAUGGAGGCCCCGGUCAAGAUCAAAGCAUCACAAUAUUGAUCGGCUCAUGGGAGCUUUUGCCUCUCUGGACCUGAAGUGUCAGAAAAAGGAGGAAACAAUAGACUCAAGAACUUCCAUAGUGGUCCGUCACUCAGACAAGGAGCCACUUUUGGGUCAGCAGGAAUCCAAAUUUCGCAGCCUCCUCAUGUUGCCACUGGAGGGUAAAACUAAACGUAGCCAUUCUUUUGACAUGGGGGACUUUUCCACUUCUCAGUGUUGCAACUACCCCAAAAAGAUCACAAACAUUUGGACAAAACGUAGUUUGUCAGUGAAUGGUAUGCUUUUACAGUACAAUGACAGUGACCUGACAGAAUCAAAGGGAACUUAUGGGAGCUCAGAGUGGGUCAUGGAAAGCACAGUGUAA